GAAAAAACUAUUUAAAGGCCACAAUUGGGCCGUUCAUCUCUUAUCACCCUCUCCUCUGUCUAAUGGCUUCCCUUUCCUCUCUCUUGUAUUCUUGUGCCUUGAUUCUCCUCCUGAGUUUUAUGACUUGUCCUUGUUCACAAGUUGACGGAGUUGGGGAAGCAAACCAUCAUGUUGUUAAUGUUCAAUCUUUGUUGCCUGAAGAUGUCUGCAGUCCAUCCAAAGCAGAAUCCGACCCCUCAAAACUCCAAGUCGUCCACCGUCACGGCCCGUGCUCUCCCAUGAAGCCCAGACACAAGCCCACCAACGAACAAAUCCUCAACCGCGACCAAGCCCGGGUCGACUGGCUCCACCGCAAAUCCUCCUCGUCUGCCGCCACCACCUUCGGCCACACGGGCGGAAACCAUUCCCCUAGUAACCUCCGACAUCCCGCGUCAAAGUGGCGGCGACGACGGACCUGGAUCCAAUGCCAACCUUGCGUCCCGCCUGCCUACCAACAACAGGACCAUCUCUUCGACCCCGCCAAAUCGUCCACGUACCGCAACAUAUCGUGCACCUCUCCCUUCUGCUCCGCCCUCGACAUCAGCAGCUGCUCCGCCUCCACGUGCCUCUACGCCGUCCAGUACGGAGACAAUUCCUACACGGUCGGAUUCUUCGCACAGGAUACGCUAAAGCUAUCUGAUGCAGGUUUGAUCUCUGACUUCCGUUUUGGGUGUGGUGAGAAGAACAACGGGCUCUACGGCCAGAUCGCUGGGAUCCUAGGCCUGGGUCGUCAGCCGGUUUCCGUAGUAAUGCAGGCGGCGGACAAGUUCGGUGGAGUUUUCUCCUACUGCCUCCCGUCGAGAGCCAGCUCGACCGGAUACCUAAAAUUCCCGACGGCAUACUCUGCCUUGAAGUCCGCGUUCAGACAGGCGAUGACGCGCUAUCCUACCGCACCCACAGCUUCCAUUCUUGACACGUGCUACGAUCUCAGGCGCUAUACCACGAUUGCCAUACCGACGGUGGUGUUCCAGUACCGUGGGGCGACGACGAGUUUGGAUCCGGCGGGGAUAUUGUACCCGGUGUCCGCAUCGCAGACGUGCCUGGCGUUCGCGCCAAAUGGAGACGAUUCCGACAUGGUGAUCAUCGGAAAUACUCAACAGAGGAGGUUCAACGUGGUGUAUGAUGUGAUGAACAAACGGAUUGGAUUUGGGCCUGGCGGUUGCUAGUCUAGUCUCUAAGUUCGAUUUGGAGGAGGAGGAAAAAAAUAAUCAGGGAAAUAAAUGUGAAGUGAAGAAAUGUCGAUAAAUAUGUGUUUCAUAAGAAUUCAUAUAUAUCCUCCCCUUCAUCAGUAAACCGGUGAGAUCAGUUUCUUUAGUCGUAAUAAUCUAAUGUCAGGUUGAGUUGUAUUCUAUAAAGAUGAAUAUUCCCUCGUAUAACCAAAUACUAUUAUAUUC